GGCAGCGGGCCGGCCUUAACUACAUCUCUCUAGGUGGAGGCGGGAGCCAGCCACUUGCGGAGGUUGGCUCGGAGCUGCGAGCACCCCUCUCCUGUCCUCUCCCGCCCCGUCGUCCUCUUCCCGUCCUGUCUACUCCUCUCAGUCCUCACUCGCCUUGCUGCCGCCUCUGCCCACCCGCCAGUCCCUCGCAGAUCCGCGUUCCCGGUCGCAGAGCCGUGCCUUCGUCGCCGCCGCUGCCGUCGCCUCCGCUGCUGCCAAAGGCGGAAGAUUCAUCAUGGUGAAAAUCUCCUUCAAUACGCCCUUCGUGCAGAAGCCGGGCCCCAAGAAGGACGUCGAGGCCCUGGUGGCCGAGAGGGAGCUAGAAAUUCUGACACAUGACAGUUCAUCCGGAAGAUGCUUGCUGACCCUCUUGGGUCUUGCAUUCAUUUUAACAGGAGUUAUUGUUGGUGGAGCUUGCAUUUAUAAAUACUUCAUGCCAAGGCACAGAGUAUUCCGUGGAGAAAUGUGCUACUUUGAAAAUGAUGAUAAUGGCAUGGAUGGUGAAACAGAGCCCUAUUUCCUCCCUGUUUCUGAAGAAGCUGACAUCCGGGAAGAUGAAAACAUAGCGAUCAUUGAUGUACCUGUUCCCAAAUUCUCUGAUAGUGACCCCGCUGCUAUUGUUCAUGACUUUGAUAGACUUCUGACUGCUUACCUAGACCUGCAGCUGGGCAACUGCUAUGUAAUCCCUCUCAAUACUUCCAUUGUUAUGCCUCCAAGAAAUCUUAUGGACCUCUUUGCCAAACUCUCGACUGGAUCUUACCUCCCUCAGACUUACUUGGUUCGUGAAGAGUUGGUAGCUGCUGAAGAAAUAGAGGACGUUUCUGAUCUGGGCAUCUUUAUUUACCAGAUUUGUGGAGGGAAGAAGACCUUCAGACUGCAACGCCGGGAGCCAAUAACUGGCUUCCAGAAGCGUUCUGCUGAACGUUGCCUGAAGAUUAGACAUUUUCCCAAUGAAUUUGUUGUUGAGACAAGAAUUUGUCGGCAGUAAAAGCCUCCAACCGAAAAAAAUCACAUAGUCAUAAAGUGGGGCUUUACAAUGUGACUUCAAAAUUAAAUUGUGCUGUGAUAAUCAAAAGCCUUAUUUGUUAUGCUUUUUUGUGUGUCUUGCUUAUACUUUUUUAUAGAAAAUAAAAAGACUCCCCACUUGAAGUUCUUGCUUUACUUAGUAUGAUUAGCAUCUGUAGUUGUUUGAAAUUAACAUAGAAAAUAAGCAAACUUAAUCACUGACUAAUACAAGCUUUAGCUUUUUCUAAUAACCGCAUAAAUAAAUGUUAGUUAGUAUCUUGGUAAGAAUAAACUCUAAUCUUUUUCUUAAGAAAGAAAAUCCAAGCCAGAAUAAAGUUAUGUUAUUUGGUUUGCCCAUGCUAUAUAAUUCUCAGAGUGCUUCCUCUGGCUUUUAAUACAAAUGUUAACUACAGAUAAGAUUUUGUCAGGCAUGUAAAACUACCUAAGGUUACACACCUUUAUUUGGGGGAUUCCAUCUUGUACAUUUUACUGUAUUUUGUGAUUGUCUGCAUUUGGUAACUUCCCUGAAUUCUCCACAAGUUAAAUCUUUUAUCUGUCAAGUGUUCUUCAGCUCACCGGUUAUGUUCACUUACAGAUACUUUGAAGAAGUUUUUAUCCAGUCUAUUUGCUUACAGAAUUUUUAAUAACAACUUGUUGUUAAUUCCAGGAAGGCCCAUUUUAUGAACAUGAUUGCAUUCAUAAAGUUCUAACUCUUCUGGCCUAUAUGUAAACUUUUUAGAUCAGCAGAAUUUCUUAUGAGCAAGUCGUUUUCACUGCGGUCUGUUUUUAAUAAACUGAUUCUUCUUCACUGAGAUCUGUAGCGUAAAUCCAGCAAAGAAUUGUAUGUGUGCUACACACUGUAAAGGCAUUUAUAUGGGUACAUAAAUUUGAUACCCUUACAAUAAAUGUUUCUCCAAAAGAA